UUUUAUUCUGCGGUUAGAAGAUUACAGUGGAGGCCACCCCCACUCUUAUCAUUUUCUUCUUCUUCUUCUUCUGCUCGGAAUUUUGGAUAGACGAAAGACACACAGCGACCAGAAAUGGCUUCCUGUGCUUCUCCCUCUACUCUGAUGCUUUCUCACGCCGCUUCUUCCGUUUCUCUUCUUCCCCUAGACCUGAGUCCCAAUCCCAAGCCCCGCCUCUUCUUCUGCUCCAGGACUCUCUGUGUGUACCCACUUGUUUUACACCAGAGACUGAGAAAACCGGCCAUUUGGGUUGAUGUAUCUUCGCCCAAAUCCGGGGAUUUCCCGGUGGCUGUGGCGGCGGUGGCUGCUGAAGCGGUGGUAGCGGAGGCCGAGGAGGAGGACGAGGGCGUCGCCGGAGGUGGCAGUGCUACUCUUACGGCCCCGACGAAGCCCAAAAAAGGCAAGGCUGCAUUGCUUCUCAAGAGAGACAGGAGAAGAUCCAAGAGGUUCUUGGAAAUUCAGAAGUUGAGGGAGAACAAGAAAGAAUAUGACUUAAAAACAGCGAUAUCAUUGCUCAAGCAAAUGACAAGCACAAAGUUUGUUGAAACAACUGAAGCUCAUUUUCGCCUCAACAUUGAUCCAAAAUACAAUGACCAACAGCUAAGGGCAACAGUGAAUUUACCUAAGGGUACAGGACAGACGGUUAAAGUGGCAGUUCUUACUCAAGGUGAGAAGUUUGAUGAUGCAAAAAAUGCUGGAGCUGAUUUGGUUGGUGGAGAAGACCUGAUACAACAAAUAAAAGGAGGAUUCAUGGAAUUUGAUAAAUUAAUUGCUACUCCAGAUAUGAUGCCCAAGGUUGCCCAGCUGGGAAGGAUUUUGGGUCCAAGAGGACUAAUGCCAAAUCCCAAAGCUGGUACAGUUACAACUAAUUUACCUCAGGCCAUCGAGGAAUUUAAGAAGGGAAAAGUUGAAUACAGAGCAGAUAAGACUGGGAUUGUUCACUUGCCCUUUGGGAAAGCUGAUUUUUCUGAGGAGGAUCUUCUUGUGAACUUGCUUGCUGCCGUAAAAUCAGUAGAAGCAAACAAGCCAUCCGGUGCAAAAGGAGUGUACUGGAAAAGUGCUCAUAUCUGCUCAUCAAUGGGGCCUUCGAUUAGGUUGAACAUAAGGGAGAUGCUUGAAUACAAGAUCCCAUCAAACGCCUGAGGAACAUGAACAUACCUGUAAAGUAGACCUGCUGCUGCUGCUCAGCUAGCUUCUUAGGGGCACCUUUAUAGAGAGUGUGAAUCGCCGAAGAAGCCAGCGCAGAAGCUGAAAAUGAGGCAUUGGGACCAUGCCUGCGCGACCAUCUUUGAAUGAACUUCUUUGAUGCCAGUCCGACAAAAUGAUGUAUGAUGAACUAACAAUCACAAAAUUUCUUGCUUAUGCUCCUCCUUUCUUGUGGGUGGAAUCUGAAUUCACAUAUCAUUACUACCUGGUGUUUGUAAGUUUGCAUUGAUUCUUGGUCAUUAGCCAGCCCCCUGAUGACUUGAACGUGUUCAACUAGAAAUAGUAUGUUUUCUCA